AUGUCUAAACUACAUGCAGCCGUCUCACUCAACGAAUCCGAUAAAUUACGUCUAAUCGGUUUUCCACCUGAUUACUAUCCCGUCGUUCAACAAACUGUACGUAAUGCCAUCCAACAAUCGUGGUCACGAGGAAUUCAACGUGAACAAGUCUACUCUGAAUCGUAUGGAUUUAAACUGAACGGAAAUCCAUGGCAUGGCCAAGGCAAUGAGGCCAUACCGUCACGUCUCCUUCUGUGUAGUCUCAUUCAACAUCUAUCACACAUUGGUUGGCGUCUAUUGACAUCUACGGAUAUACAGGGUAAAGUAUACGAUAAAGACACAUUGUUAUUCGUUUACGAUCCUUCAGAAAUUGCUGAAAAACACCAAUUUUUUACAGUUAGUUUUAAUGAAAGUGAUAAAUUAAGAUUUAUCAACUGCCCGAUACCGAUCGAUGCCCUCCAACAAACAAUCGUAGCUGGAUGGCCAUCAGGUAUACAAGAUGAACAUUGGAAAUUGGACGGCAUAUGUUAUCAAUUUAAACUAAGGGGGAAUCCAUGGUUUGCUAACGGAGAUGAAGCUGUCUUUUCACGUUUAUUACUGGUAAAAUUAUUAGAUUUGAUAUCACAGUAUGGUUAUGAAUUGCAUGCAAGUGUUGAUAUUAGUAUUGGUGCAGGAGGACAACAUGCUAGUAGAGAUAAGGAUACAUGGGUGAUGAAAAGUGCUAGGAGAACAGCAGCAAUAAAGCCAGUUGAUUUUCUGCAAUAG